GGCAACUACCCCGCCCGAACAUGCUCAUCACCAUGACCCGCCCUGACACUGCCCUCCCGUUCUCCCAAGCCCUCUUUCCGAUUUAUUAUACCCUUUCUUCCGUGAACGCCGGCGCUCACAUUGUGUUCGCUGUUCCUAUCCGACAAGUUCGCCAUGCUCAUGAGGCUCGCUCCGUCGUUCCUUCUCUAUGUCUCGCUCCUUCUGGAUUGCCUGCCCGCAGCCGAGGCGGUGAGGAUGCCGGUUAUUGGGCGUCGCGGACCGAGGACACAGGAGAAGCUCGAGCGUGUGGCUGCGGGCCUCGGCCGGAGGGCGAGUAUGAGCGGGGACUUGAAGGAUCAGGGUGAUGUUAGGUAUUAUACGAAUGUCUCUCUGGGAGGACAACAAUUCUCAGUUCUUGUUGACACGGGGAGUUCUGACCUAUGGGUCGCUGGAAACGUGCCCGGUGCAAAAAGCACGGGCAAGACGGCCUCCGUCACUUAUGCUAUUGGGGAUGCCAGUGGGACCAUCAUGACUGCAGCAAUGGAUUUCGACGAGUACAGUGUCCAGAACCAGGCCUUCAUCAGCGUCGGUGUCGAUAGCGCGCAUCCAGCGAACACUGGUGUGAUAGGCCUUGGACCGAACAGUGCAUCGAACAUCUACGAGCAGUUCAACAGCGACGCGGGAGACACGCCUCUGAAUCGGAUAUUCGAGCAGAAUACGAGCACGCCCAACUUCCUCAGCGUCCUCCUUGGCCGCUCCGACGACACCUCCAACCCGUAUCCGGGAGACAUCACUGUCGGAGAGGUCGUGCCCGGCUACGAGAACAUCACUUCACAGCCGAAGCUGCCCAUCCUGCGGGAUGAGGACUCUGGAGCGCAGCACUGGCAGACGCUGUUGGACAAAGACGGCAUCAUUGGGCCGGACGGUGAGGCGAUACCCGUGCAGAGCGUCGUACAGGGGCUGGAUCAGUUGGUGGUCGUGUUCGACACUGGGUUCUCGCUUCCUCAAGUACCAUCCACUGUCUCUGAUGCUAUUUACUCGCGCGUACCCGGCGCGAACUGGACUAGUGUCCUGGCGGCAUCGGGCAAUGUGUGGACCCUGCCUUGUGAUGUCGAACUGAAUGUGACAUUCAAGUUCGGAGGUCUCUCCUACCCGGUGAACCCGCUCGACACCAACCUCGGCGCGCUCAACGUCAAGGGCAGCGAUGGCACCGAGAUUUGUGUAGGCGCGUUCCAGCCCAUCACCACGGCAUCGUCCUCAUCAUUCGAUAUGAUUCUCGGAAUGGCUUUCUUGCGGAACGCAUACCUCCUUGUGGAUCUUGGUGAUUAUGUCCACGGCUCGAUGGCUUCGACAGCCUCCCCUUACAUACAGCUGCUGUCUCUCGCCAACCAGGCCCAGGCGCACAAGGAGUUCGUCGACGCACGCCUCGGAGGAGUGGACAACACGUCUGCAUUCCAUCUCCUGCCCGCCAUGAACACGACUAACUGGGCGACUUCUUCCAACGAGUCUACCUCGCAGAAGCUCAAGCCCUACCUGCCGUACAUCAUCGCUGGCAGUGUUGCUGCAGCCAUUCUUCUGAUUGUUGCUGCAUCUGCAUGCCUGGGCAGCCGCAAGCGCGGGACAUACCAGCGUUUGCACGAGCCCGCGCCUGCUGGCCUGCCCGUGAACCAGCAGCCUCCUUUUCCCCGUUAUCAACGACCGCACCGUCGCUACUGAACUCGCUGGACGCUCUUCUACAUCUCUUGCUUUCCUGUCUCAUUGCUUGCAUCGUUUGGGCUUCCACGGACACGGACACGUACUUAAAUUAUUGUAGCAUA